AUGCCUGGGAUUUCUGGCAAGGGAAAUGGUUCCUCCAGCCUGCAAGGCCGGACAACUUAUGCCUCUGCAUAUUCAGAUCCUUCUAAAUUUGGAUCAGGGGCCCCAAGUGGCAGUUUGGGAAUGAGUACAGAGGAUUACAUGGCAUCCGGCUAUGGACACAAAGCUGACCAAUAUUCAAUGGAGAGGAGGCACUAUGGUGAUCAUCAGGGUGCUUACAUGGGAAGGGAUGAUCCUAGUGUUAUUAGCCUCCAGUCUCAGGUUUUUUCUUAAUGGGUUUUUUUUUUCAGUAAUGCUUGUUAUCUCUUGCUUCAAAGAUUGACUGCUAUUGUUGUUUUUAUUCAUCUCAGAAAUCUGAAACACGUGAUCAGUAUGACCAGGUAUUUUUUUGUUCAUGCCUAUGCUUUUCUUAGAAGAUGCUUUCUUUCAGAUUCCAGAAACUGACGUCCCCCUUUCUUUAAAUAUUUAUAAAAGGCAUCAUUAUUUCGUCAGCAGCAGAUGAUGAAAGCUCAGUCACUGCAGCCAGGUCCUGAUACAAGGUACACAUGCUUUCGUGUAGAUACUAUGUAGAUUGAUUUUUUUUAUUCUAACUCUUUGACUUUCCUUAGUUUGUCUCUGAGAAAACUUGCGUGAAAUAAUAAUAUUAAUAAUAAUAAUACUAAUAAUAAUUUAAUAAUAAUCAUAAUAACAAUGGGAAGUAGGUAUUCUCUCUUUUGGAUGGUUUAAGUGCCUUUUUGUUUUGAUAACUGUCUUAGCAGGAUAGUAGCUCUUCCCUUUUCACUGUUCACAUGAGGUCUCACUGUAAUUAUUUGGUGAUACCUGCUCCAUACUUCGUAGAAGCUAUUGCAUCUCUCAUGACACUAAGUAGAAUAUGCAUUUCUGGCAGACAAGCUGAUUUUCUGGCUGCAAGGGCUGCCACUAUCCAUCAUGGACAUCAAGAUAUUAGCUCAUAUGGUGGAAGAAUGGAUGCUGAGCCUCACAAUAUGUCCAUUCUUGGUAGUGCACCAUAUGCUGGACAACAUCCCACUUCCAAUUUAGGUGGACCUUCACGGGGGAAUGUCGAUCAUGUUUAUCCACAUGGGUCGUCUGGUGCUGGUUACAGAGUAGGAUUGCCUCCUGGCCGGGAUUAUGCUGCAGGAAAAGGGCUUCAUGGCGCAUCGCAUGAGUCAAAUUAUCAAGGGAGUAUGUUGUCACAAGGUGGGUAUUCAAGCGUUGGAGCGCCUUUCCUGGAUGAGCGGAAAGAUGAUAGAAGUGUAUACCAACGGGAACUUGAGCUAAGAGAGGAGCGUCGGAGGGAACUGUUGCGUGAGAGAGAGAAGGAACGAGAAAGGGUGCUGGAGCGUGAACGGGAAAGAGAACGUGAAAAAGAUAGAGAACGAUUACGAGAACGUGAACGUGAACGGCUCAAAGAACGGGAACGAGAACGAGAGCGAGAACGUCAACGACAACGUGAACGGGAAAGAGAACGAGAACGCCUCCUGA